AUGCAGUCUGCUAAUAUUCUUCUGAAAAAAAUUGUAAGAAGCGCUGUCCUUCCCUUUGUUGCACAGCAUGGGAUGAAAAAGGAUUUGUUGCCUCUCAGUAGACCUCUGAGUUUAUCACUUUGUCUGAAGCAGGACAACACAUGCAAUCCCUCAGAAAAACUAGAUUUAGAUGAGUGGAAGAAGGUGAUGAAGUCUGGGUUGCACGAAGAAGUCAGUGAAACGGUCUCUGAGCGUAAGGAGGUUUCCACUUUGGACGCGGCACGUGAGAUUUUGGAGAUGUGGAGACUAGCUGGCAGAUCAGUUCCAGAACAGAUCAGUGAAGAACAGCUAAAAACCUUUAUGGAGUGUCCUUCCAAGUCAGCCAAAAAGAAGUAUUUAAAAUAUUUGCACCUUAAAGAACUUUACAAGAAAAACGAUAAAAGAAAGAUGGAUGAGAAAAGGGAAAGGAGGCUGGAAACACAAGAGCAAGUUUCAAAAACUGACGAGACCAAGAGGAAUUCAUUCGUAUUUGUGUGGGCCAACUUCAUGGACAGAGCAUACAGCUGGAGGGUUGCUCAGUCUAUGAUCUUUGGCCAGCCCCUGGUAUUUGACAUGUCUUACGAAAAAGACAUGUCUGUCCGAGAAGUCGCAAAUACGGUGAGGCAGAUAGUGUUAAGCGAAAGCUUCAACCGAAGAUCUGCGGACCCGUUCCACAUCCACUUCUGUAACCUCAAAGACGACAGCCUCUAUCUCAAGGAGUUCGUCAAGAAUUACAGAGAGGCGUGGGGCAAAUUGCUUAUCACUGUGACGGACCAGUGCUACACAGAAGUCUUUCCAAAGGAUAAGCUGAUCUAUCUGACUGCUGAUUCUCCCAAAGUAAUGAAAACGUUCGAUCACGAUAAAAUCUAUAUUGUUGGGUCAAUGGUUGACAGGAGCAUAAAAACAGGAGUCUCUCUGGCACAGGCAAAGCGACUGGGGCUGGAGACUGCUGCCCUUCCAUUGGAGAAGUACUUGCUUUGGAGCAGUGGCGCCAAAAACCUCACGCUGGAUCAGAUGAUGCACAUUCUCUUAACCCUGAAAGAUACUGGGGACUGGAAGAAGGCUCUGGAGUUUGUUCCAAAAAGGAAAUACUGUGGCUUUGUAAGCAAGCCUGUGCAUGAACUGAAAAAAACCUUAAACCUGAUCAACACGCUUAAACUUCGAAAGAGACAGGAAGAAGUACGAAAGCAAUUUGCCAAGAACUACUCUAAGAAGCUAACACAAAAGUAG